AUGGUUCUCAAAUCGACGUCAGCGAGUGAUAAUUCUGUGUAUCAAGUUUCUGGUACAAAUGUUUCAAGGUCUCUGCCGGACUGGAUCGCGAAGAAGAGAAAGCGGUCGCUCAAGCAUGACCUGGAGUUUCAAAACCGCGUGGAGCUGGUUCAGGAUUUCGAAUUCAGUGAGGCUUCCAACAAGAUCAAGUGUACACCAGAUGGUCAAUACGCUAUGGCCACGGGUACAUAUAAACCACAGAUCCACCUGUAUGAUUUUGCAAAUCUAUCGCUAAAGUUUGAGAGACACACGGACGCCGAAAACGUUGACUUUUUGAUCCUUUCUGAUGACUGGACAAAAAGCGUUCAUCUACAAAACGACAGGAGUAUUCAGUUUCAAAACAAAGGUGGUCUUCAUUACACCACGAGAAUACCUAAGUUUGGGCGGAGUUUGGCGUAUAAUAAAGCAAACUGUGACCUGUACGUGGGUGCCAGUGGAGACGAACUAUACAGACUUAAUUUGGAACAGGGGAGGUUUUUGAAUCCUCUCAAACUUGACACGGAGGGUGUAAAUCAUGUAUCGGUGAAUGAAACGAAUGGGCUGCUCGCAGUUGGUGUGGAGGAUAAUGUGGUCGAAUUCUGGGACUCCCGCGCCCGGUCCAGGGUAGCAAAGCUGAUCUUGGAAAAUAGCUUUGACACAUCUCCCUUUCAAGUUACAGCGACUAGCUUCAGGAGCGAUGGUCUCAAUUUUGCAUGUGGUACAUCAACCGGUUACUCUUACUUGUACGAUCUGCGGACUUCGCAGCCCACGAUUGUCAAGGAUCAGGGCUAUGGUUUUGAAAUCAAGAAGAUCAUAUGGCUGGAGAACACAGGAGCAGAAGGCGGGAGCAAUAAUAUACUCACUUGUGACAAAAGGAUUGCUAAAAUAUGGAACAAGAAUGAUGGGAAGGCUUAUGCUUCAAUGGAGCCAAGUGUGGAUAUCAAUGACAUAGAGCACAUUCCUGGUACCGGUAUGUUUUUCACCGCAAAUGAAGGUAUUGCGAUGAAUACUUACUACAUUCCCAACUUAGGGCCUGCCCCGCAAUGGUGCUCCUUCUUGGACUCUAUUACUGAGGAAUUGGAAGAGAAACCAAGUGAUUCCGUCUACUCGAACUACAGAUUUAUUACGAGAGAUGACGUCAAGAAAUUGGGACUGGCUCAUUUGGUGGGUUCGAAGGUCUUGAGGGCAUACAUGCAUGGGUUUUUCAUCAACAACGAACUCUACGAUAAAGUUGCGCUCAUUGCAAACCCCAACUCAUACAAAGAUGAAAGAGAAAGGGAAAUCAGACGUCGUAUUGAGAAAGAAAGGGAGUCGCGCAUUCGUACAUCUGGGGCUGUCAAGAAGCCUCAGGUUAAGUUCAACAAAGACUUGGCGGACAAAUUGUCUCAGAAACGCGGUGACAAGGACACUGAAAAUGUUCUUACGGAUGAUCGUUUUAAAGAAAUGUUUGAAGACGAAGAUUUCCAAGUGGACGAACAAGAUUACGAUUACAAACAAUUGAACCCCGUCAAAUCUGCUAAAGAAACUGACGAAGGUGCUGCGAAGCGUAUCAGAGCACUCACUGCUGCAGAGGAAUCCGACGAAGAAAGAAUUGCUUUGCGGGAGGGUCGUGGUCAGUAUUCUGAUUCUGAGGAAGAGGAUGACGAUAAAGAUGACGAUGGCGACGAUGACAGUGAAAGCGACCGUAAACCUAAUUCUAACGAAAUGAGCGAGCAAGAAAAGAAGGCACUCGCCAAGAAGAUCGCAGCAGCCCAGCGUCGUGAACGGGAGCGUGCAACUGAGGCUCAGUUCAUGAAUCAAAUGAGUGUAGGAAUGGUAUCCAGCGACGCGCAGGGUGAAGCAUUUGACACGAAAGUGCAAGAAAUGCGCCAGAAAGAGAGCCAACGCGAUCAAAAUACAGCUGGUGUUCGUCGCAACCAUCAAGGAGAAGCUGAGUUCAGCUACGUACCUACCAAACGUCCAUCUUCCAACAAGAAUAAUAAAAAGAAUAUCAGGACCGGUAGCGAUGAAGAUACACCACAAAGAGAUAGCGGAAGGUCUAGGGCACGCUCCCAGGGUAGAAGGGCUGGUAAGAAUGCAUUUAGGGGCAUGUAA